GGCGUGCUCGUACUGGAAGCAAGGUGGCUUGUGCCUUAGCCCGUUGUUGACAUUACCGCUCAAUCGGCUUAAGCUGCAAAUUACACGCCUGAAAUGUCGCUGAAAAUCGCGACCACUUCGCUGACCCGCGCCCUAUGGAGCGGAGGAAGCCGACAACAAUCUCCCAAAGUAAACCGCGCGUGCUGCGUCACGUUACGCGGCCACGACGGGACAAAAGAGAGAAGCGGUUGCUCCUCUGGUGGCUCCAGGGGGCCGUGUGGCGACGAGCAGCCAUGCAGCGAGCUGCACCCUGGGGCUCCAGCGGCGGCGUCCGGCGGACAGCGAGCCGAGGAGCCAGCGGGCGCGCCCGGUGUGACUGGCGCGAAGAGGCGGGCGUCUACGUCCACCUCCACGACCGCUCCCUUGGACCAGAAAUCCUACAUGUGGGCUCGUUACGCUGACCUGAGACGGAUGGUUCAUGAGCUAAUUCCACCCGGCGCGUGCAAAUCCCUCAACUCGUCAGCCAUCUACGCUAACAAUGAAGUCAACUUGGACGAAGUGGACAUCUACGGCUUUGACUACGACUACACGCUGGCUCUGUAUUCCAAUGCGCUCAACUCGAUGAUUUACAACACAGCCAGGACCUUUCUCGUUGAGCACUUCAAGUACCCUGAGGCAAUCCUCAAAUAUGAUUACAUUCCCAACUUUGCAGUUCGAGGUCUUCACUACGAUAUCCAAAAGGGUCUACUGAUGAAGAUCGACGCCUUCCAUUACAUUCAACCAGGAACAGUUUACAGGGGUCUGAGGCCAGUGCCAGACGAGGAGAUCCUUGAGCUCUACGGGGGAACUUUCCACGUCCCUCUGCAGCUGGAUAGUGGCUUCUACGGAAAAGGCCCAAAGGUGAAACAGUUCAUGGACAUCUUCUCCAUCCCAGAAAUGACCCUCUUGGCUGUGGCCAACGAUUUCUUCAUCAGCAACGACAUUGAUUACGAUCCAGUUCACCUCUCCAAAGAUGUCUCAGAAGCCAUUGGCAUGGUCCACUUGAAAGGCUUCAUGUACAAGUGGAUCGAGCAAGACCUUGAAAAGUUCAUUAUGAGAGGAGAAGAAACGGAUGCCGUUUUGCACCGACUCGUCAGCCAUGGAAAAAAGCUUUUCCUCAUGACCAACAGUCCCUUCAGUUUUGUGGACAAAGGCAUGACGCACAUGGUGGGCAAAGAGUGGAGAGACUUCUUCGACGUCAUCAUCGUGCAGGCGGACAAACCUCACUUCUUCACCGAUUGCGUCAAACCCUUCCGGCGUCUCGAUGGAAACGGGGACCUUCGUUGGGAGAAAAUCAGCAGGUUAGACAAAGGCCACAUUUAUAAACAGGGAAACCUGUUUGACUUUCUCAGGUUGACGGGUUGGCGAGGAUCGAAGGUUCUUUACUUUGGAGACCAUCUUUACAGCGACUUGGCAGACCUGACGCUACGACACGGCUGGCGCACUGGAGCCAUCGUACCGGAACUGGAGAAUGAAACCAAAGUUGUGAGCACAGAGCGCUACGCUGUCAACCUCACUUGGCUCCAAGCCCUCACCGGCCUGAUGGAACGAUUACAGACGCACCGUGACCCAGGAUCCAAACAAGUGCUUGACGAGUGGCAGAAGGAGCGAGAAGAACUCAGGCUGAUGACGAAGAACUUUUUCAACCCUCAGUUCGGCAGCAUCUUCCGAACGUGCCACAACCCCACGUAUUUCUCCCGCCGCCUGUCUCGCUUCUCCGACCUCUACAUGGCCUCCCUCAGCUGUCUUCUCAACUACGACCUCUCACAAACCUUUUACCCACGCCGUACUCCUCUGCAGCAUGAGGCGCCGCUGUGGAUGGACCAGCUGUGCACCGGCUGCAUGAAAACACCUUUUCUGGAGGAAAUGGCUCAAAUUCGAUGAGCGAGUACGUUUUUAGGACACGCCGUUCGUUGCCUUUUUCGACACCCGUAUGUUUGGGUGCAGAAAGGUGGCAUAAAAUUAUACAUAGUGACCAGUUUAGCCAAAGAAGUAGAUUAAAAACAGCCUGAAGAAAGUAAGCUGCUUGGGUUGCUUCAACUCAGCAAAAAAAAAAAACCUAAACACGCACAAUUAGCUUUUGUUUUUUAUUUAGUUGUGGCAAUGACCCACUGUAUGCAUAAAUAGUGCGGUUGCAGUCGACUUUUUCACCUCAACUUGGUGUUUACUGUUUUCUUUUUUUGUAGUUUUUGCAUGGAGGAAACCACAUGGGGGAAUUCCAAAGUGUAUUAUGACCACACUUUAAAGAAAAAAAAA